AUGCGUUUACCGUUUUACAUUCAACUUCCCUUUCUUACCUUGCAGAUUUUCCUUUUCCUUGACCCAUCACCUCCAUGGAACUUAUUUGGUGCCGUCGCUAUCGCCUUGAUCUGCUGGCUCAUCAUUAGCCCGAGCGUGUUUGUGAGCUGGAAUAUUGACACUGGCGUCGGCUACGUAGACUACAUGUUAGGAUCCACUAUCGCGAGCUAUGCUGUGCACAGUUUUUAUUUGCUCUCAUUGGGGAGGCCAUUGAAGUCUAUAAAGAAUGGGGACAAAUUGAAAGUGCACGAACAUUGGUGGAAAAGGAUCCUCCACGUUGCGCAUGUCAUGCAGUCCCCGAGGGGGGUUGGAUGGAACUAUCAGGUUAACAACGUCCCUGCUGCCCCACGACAACCCAGACGCUCGUUCAUCCUCACUUCCUCCCUGCGUGCCGCCUGCCAUGCAGUCCUCUUUGAAGUCGCGCGGCUGUAUGUUUGGUACAACCCUGCGUGUUCAUCGGUUACGGUCGAGACGCGAAGCUAUGUUGCACGGUGUGCUGACACCAUUGCAUUCAUCGGGCUAACAUACUGGGGCUUGAACGCUGGCUACUUCGCAAUGGCAGCGGGGAGUGUUGCGCUCGGACUGCACGAGCCGAGAAUGUGGCUUGACUUAUUUGGGUCUUGGCGAGAUGCGUAUACCGUUCGACGAGCUUGGGGGAGGACGUGGCAUCAGACCUUGAAAUGGUUCCUCGCCCCUCUUGGUAAAGCGACAUCAUCUGUCCUUGGGUUCAAGCGUGGUACAUCAAGAUCAUUGUAUGCACAGGUUUAUGUCGCGUUCUUAUUAUCGGGCCUCGUACACACAGGAGGGGAUAUCGUGCUCUCUGGAUCCACCACCACUGCUGCAUCACGGCCGUUGUUCUCGAUGCCAUUCUUUUUCUCGCAAGCAGUCGUUAUUACCUUUGAAGACGGGUUGAUCCGGAUUGCCAGACGACUGGGAGUCAAGGAUAGCGCGUGGACGAGAGCCUUGGGGUUUGUCUGGGUCGCGGUAUGGUUCGGAUGGUGUGUGCCCGGAUUUGUCGAGAAUAUGAUCAGGGCGGGUGGGGGGAUAAGGAAGUCUGCCAGCAGAGAUAUGGGCCCCAAUUUGGUGCAAGCUGCGAUGAUUAGAUUGUUUGGAUUUGAUAUCGGGGAGUUUGCUGAAUCAUGGUUUGGGGCAUGA